AUGCCGCAAGAGGCAGCGGCAGUGCUUUUAUGGGUGCAGAUCUGGGGGCUGCAGGAUGCUCACGGCUGUGGCAUCUCUUUUACACUCUUCACAGGGCUGCUCGAAGUCUCAGAAAGGGAGUGGGAAACGCAGUGUUUGGGAGGGGCUGUUCCUGUUGCGGGGUCUGGUACAUCCACCACACAGCAAACCAAUGACCGACGAUUUCUAAAUGAAAGGGGAAAGGACGUGGUGGGAAAGGUGCUGCAGGCUGGCGGUAAAGCUGGGAAGGACUCUGGAAAGACCAAGACCAAAGCAGUGUCCCGUUCUCAGCGGGCUGGAUUGCAGUUCCCUGUUGGCCGCAUCCACAGGCACCUGAAGUCUAGGACUACCAGCCAUGGGCGUGUAGGAGCCACAGCUGCUGUCUAUAGCGCUGCGAUCCUGGAGUACUUGACAGCUGAGGUUCUUGAGCUGGCAGGAAACGCAUCCAAAGACUUGAAGGUGAAACGUAUCACUCCCCGUCACUUGCAGCUUGCAAUUAGAGGAGACGAAGAAUUGGACUCUCUCAUUAAGGCAACAAUUGCUGGUGGCGGUGUAAUACCGCAUAUCCACAAGUCUCUUAUUGGAAAGAAAGGACAACAGAAAACUGUUUAAAGGAUGCCAAGAUUCCUUGUUAUCUCAGGACUCUAAGUACUUAAUUGUCCAGUGUUGGUGAUUCCAGUGGACUGUAUCUGUGAAACACAAUUUUGCCUUUUUGUAACUUUGAGAAGCUAAAGCUCCCUUGAGCUUUCUAACAAACCAAAUUUCUGCAUUGAAGUCUUAACCGUAUUUAAGUGUUACCAUGGCUUCAAAGAAGCUAUUGUAUUUGUAGUGGGUUUUGAUUGAGCUGACUGUUUUUAGAUUGGUUUAAGUAAAGGAAAUGUUUGGUUUUGUACAGACUUUUCAUCCACUAGAGUGGAAAUAUUCAAUAAAUGUUAUAUCAAGACUGA